AUGAACGUACCGGCGCGGAAGACGCAGGAACAGUUGCUGUCCACAGAGCCCUGGUACCACGGACUUCUUCCCCGGGAGGACAUGAAGGUGCUUCUGACGCAGAGGGGCGACUUCCUCGUCCGAUGCACCGUCGGCGAACCGCGCAAAUUCGUCCUGUCCAUCUUUGCCGUCCAGGCCGACGAUGUAUGUUCUCGACUUUUCUGAAAAUCAUGCCCAGAACAAAAAAGUAUUUGCAGAUCCGUCACUACGUGAUAAAAGAAGCGGAGAACAAGUUUGCAGUGAGCGCGAAGUGGUUUGUGAGCAUCGCCGACAUGCUCAACUACUACCACCGCACCGAGGAGCCCAUCAGCAAAAAGGUCUGUCGAUCGAUUGUUUUUCUGAGGAAUUGUCUCGAUUUGUUUGCAGUGCUUCGACUCGGUGCUCGUGCAUCCGAUCGGUCGUGAACCGUGGGAGAAGCAGCACUCGGACGUGACGCUCAUCAAGAAACUGGGCGAAGGCGCAUUCGGAGAGGUGCAGUUGGGCGAGAUCCGCAUCGGAACGACGGUAAAGAAGGCGGCAAUCAAGCUGGCGAAGCUGGAGAACCUGACGAAGGAGCAGAUCGAUGAGAUCAUGCACGAGGCGAGGCUCAUGCGCAAGUUCAAGCACCCGAACGUCGUCACUUUCUACGGAGUCGCCGCCGGAAUGGAACCCUUCAUGGUCAUCAUGGAGCUGGUCAGUCGGAUUUUACAACAUCGAUCUGAAUGCAAGUUUCGGUUUGCAGGCAGAAAACGGCGCGCUGGACUCGUACCUGAAGAAGAACAUUGGACACUUGACGGUCUGGACGAAGAACGACAUGAUCCUGCAGGCGGCCCGUGGCCUCGAGUACCUCCACUCACUGAACGUCAUCCACAGAGACAUCGCCUCGCGUAACUGCCUCUACGGCAACGGACAAGUCAAGAUUUCGGACUUUGGACUCUCGCGGGAGGGCGCCAACUAUCGACUCAAUCCGCAUAAAAAGUCGGUUAAUUUUUCAAAACGCUGGAACGAAUUAUUAUAGGGACAUCUCACAGAAAUGGCGCGCUGUUCGCAAUCUGGCCGAAUUUCUAGGCCGCGAAGUAGAUUUCCACUGAAAACGUGGCCUAACUUUUCAAACUCGGCCCCGAGGUCGCUCAAUUUGCACUGCAAAAAGAGUUUCUCAACAGAGCGCCAUUUCUGUGCGGUGCCCCUAUAAUAAAAUGGAACCUAUUCGCUCAGGGUCCCGAUCAGAUGGCUGGCGCCAGAAGUGCCCCUGACCGGAUUCUACACUCAGAAAUCGGACGUGUUCGCCUACGGAAUCAUGUGCUGGGAAGUGUACCACGACGGCACCGAACCCUAUCCGGGCAUGUCGGUCGCCGAGGUGUUGCCACGUGUCCAGGACGGAUUUCGCAUGGACUUUGGGCCACAGGUGCCUGACAAAAUUUCCAAAUACAUUACGGUUAGUGCGGAUAGGCUCAUUAAAAGUAGGCGGCGCAACAAAGGGCCGAAUUUGCCGAUUUUUCUCCCCGGUCGCGCCCGCGCAUGUUUGAGGGCCUGUACCGAGUUCCCCAAACCAAGUACCAUACUCAAAAAGUGUUACUUUAUGCGAAUUUUGAUAAUAGAGCGAGAGCAACUGUUUUUUGUGACUUACAAAGCUUAUGCAAGAGUUGAAACUGAAAAGUUUAUUUCGGAAAAUGAUCAACUGAAAACUUGUUAGAAAUCUUGUCAAACCGAAUUUAGGAACUCGUGUGCUCCGGUACCGAGUGGGAACGGGUGACGAUGAGUGAAGUGGUUCGAGAUCUGCCCGGAAUCGAAGGAUUCUCCCAGUCGACGGUUUUAAAGCGAAAGGUCUAUCGGGCCGACGGCGGCUGGUCGGCGAUCGACGUGUCCGGAAAGAUGGCCGCCCCUCCGCCGCCCCGUCCACCGGCUCCCCCACCGCCGAUGAAUGUCCCCGAGCUGCCGAGGCCCUCGCCGAUCGUCAACAUCCUUCCGCACAUGUCUCAACCGACCCAACCGCCUGCAAGUGCAGCCAUCAAGAAAUCGGCGUCGACAAGUGCGGAGGGCGAAGUGUGAGUUUUAACGGGUAUUGUAGCCUUGCGGGAGUUCGUACUUUGCAGUAGAAAGCCGGAGCGUCAGGGAACGCCGGGAUCGAGGGCUCCGAACAACAUGGCCGCCGGAAACAUCAAUGUGAAGAGUGUGGUGAUGACGAAGAAUCCGUCGCGCAUUCCCAACGACGCUCCCCGCUCGAACACGUCGCUUCUCGGAAAACUGACGAAGAAGAAGCAGAAGGAGAAGGAUUAG